AACGAGUCGAGCAGGAAUUUGUGCGAUUCCCCGCUUUGUUUUGUUCACUGUUGCGCAGACGGAGAGCGCAGAAGGAGUCGCAGAGCUGCGCGAGAAGGGCAGCCAUGGGGCGAUCCUUCGGCUUGCCCGCGUGAAGUGCUGGUGACAGUUUUGUGCUCCGAUUUUUGAUUGAGAGCAUUUACAGGAUGAUUUUCUGUUAAAAGAUCGAUUUUGUUUUUGUCCCCCUGUCUUGCCGCGCCUGGCUGAGUUUUCAAUCGAUUGAUGUUUCUUUCUCGAUUUGGUAAAAUUUGUAACUUUGCUUGAUUCGUCCCCUCAAUCUGCGCCUCUUUGCUUAUCUACGAAAAUCCAGCUCUUUAAACUCAGCAAUGGCGGAUAAGAGGUUGCAACCAGUCGAGAAGAACAGCUUCGAGCUUGUCCUCCCUCUCCCAGAGCUGCCGGGCUUCUCAUGGAACCUACCGGAGGGGUUCUGCCCCGCCGGCGGCUUGUUUGCCUGUGUUGGUCAGAUGGGGGUAGGUUUUGGUGUUCCUUCGCAAUCUCUCAAUCCGACAACGCAGGUCGGUUAUCAGGUCCUUGGGACUGCUCCUGCCCUAUCCACAGUGGAGGCCACUAAUAGUGCCGAUGAAGCAGUGGUUAAGAAGAAGAAGAAGGGUGGUCUGAAAGUAAGAAUCAAGAUCGGAAACCCUCAUUUCAGAAGGUUGUUCAGUGGAGGAAUUGCUGGGGCAGUGUCACGGACUGUAGUUGCACCUCUAGAAACAAUUAGGACACACCUUAUGGUCGGCAGCAAUGGGCAUUCGACGACAGAAGUGUUUCAGACUAUAAUGCAGACUGAGGGAUGGAGGGGGCUCUUUCGCGGUAAUUUUGUCAAUGUAAUCCGCGUUGCGCCUAGCAAGGCCAUUGAGUUAUUUGCUUACGAUACAGCUAAGAAGGUUUUGACUCCCAAAGAGGGUGAUGGACCAAAGUUUCCCAUCCCCCCCUCGCUUGUUGCUGGGGCAUUUGCUGGAGUCAGCUCAACCUUGUGUACAUAUCCGUUGGAACUAUUGAAGACGCGACUAACCAUACAGCGAGAUGUCUAUGACAAUCUUUUACACGCAUUUGUGAAAAUUGUGCGCGAGGAAGGUCCUGCAGAGUUGUUCAGAGGUCUCACUCCAAGCCUCAUAGGAGUCGUGCCAUAUGCUGCUACUAAUUUCUAUGCUUAUGAUUCACUAAAGAAACUCUACAGGAAGACCUUCAAGAAAGAAGAAAUAGGGAACAUUGCGACUCUUUUGAUUGGUUCAGCAGCUGGUGCUAUCUCAAGCAGUGCUACUUUUCCACUUGAAGUUGCGCGAAAGCAUAUGCAAGUCGGAGCAGUUGGUGGUCGGCAGGUGUACAAGAAUAUGCUUCAUGCUUUUUUGAGCAUACUCGAAAAGGAAGGGAUUGGUGGGCUUUAUAAAGGCUUGGGACCGAGCUGCAUGAAGCUGGUACCUGCGGCUGGGAUCUCAUUCAUGUGCUAUGAGGCUUGCAAGAAGCUCUUAAUCGAUGAGGAGGAAGCUUAACUCUUUAUGUUCUUCUAAUAAAGAGGAUCACAAUGGAAUGUCAGAUCUCAAGCUUCCCUUUGAAAGUUUUUCUGGUUCCACCUUCUCUUUAAUUUAACUGAAGCUGCCUGAGAUUUAGAUUCUUACAUUAGCAGUGAUUUUUCCCUCUUUUUGUUUUUACCUGAUGAUCCAUUUGACGGGAUCAAACUCUGUUGUUAUUGAACUUGGAAAAGCAAUUAUACCUGGAAAAUAAAGAAUAUAACAAUGCGGUUCAUUGGAUUCUUCA